AUGGCGGUCAUCAUGGCAGUGGGCGGCGAGGAGGUGAUGAGUGCGGAACAGUUCGCCGAGUGGUUCGAGGCGUCCGAUCGGAACGCCAACUUUCGCGAUGAGCUGAGACGGGCGGUGGCCAAGCAGCGCGGCCUUCUCAACUUCAGGCAGCUCAGUGUGGUCAGCAGUGCUGGCAUGUUGGGGUCUGACAGUGCCUGGGACAUGGGGCCUUUCUCGGUGGUGGUUCGGCCCUACGUGCAUUCGGAUGAGUGGCUUGCCCAGCAAGUUUUCCGAGCAGCAAAAGAUUGCGACCUGAACGAAAUGGUGCGAUGUUUGGAGGCGCCGCUUGAUCCGAGUGUUGCUGAGGAGGAUGGCAGGACACCAUUGCACGUGGCCGCUCAUCAUGCAGAUGCGGAACAGACGAACUGCUUGCUGGAAGUUGGCGCCGAUGUGAACGCGGCUGACAGUGAAGGUCGCACGCCUUUGAUCGCUGCAGCGCUUCAAGGCCACGUGGAAGUCUUCCAGUGCUUGCUGGCAGCUGGCGCAGAUGUGCAGAAGGCCGACGAGGAUCAGUGGACGCCUUUGCAUUUUGCCGCCAAUGCCGGACAUCUGGCAAUCGUGCGUCGCUUGCUUGAAGCUGGUGCUGACAACGACAAGGCCGACCAUCAGGGACUGACGCCUUUAUGCUGCGCCGCCGAACACGGCCAUGAGGAAGUCGUGCGUUGCUUGUUGGACGCAGGCGCUGCAGUAGACAAGACUGACUCAUAUGGGCGCACUGCUUUGCACUGUGCCGCCAGCACUGGCCGUGAGAAAAUUGUAAGUUGCUUGCUGGCAGCUGGCGCUGAUAAGGACAAGGUCGACAUUGACGAGCGCACCGCGCUUCAGUUUGCUGCGACUGCUGGCAAGUUGGCAGUUGUGCAUUGCUUGCUGGAUGCUGGUGCAGACAAAGAGAAGGCCACCUUGAACCGUUUUACGCCUUUGCAUGCCGCUGUCAAACGUCAACAUUUGGAGGUCGUACACUGCUUACUGGGUGCCAGCGUAGACGCGGACAAAGCCGACGAUCGUGGACGCACGGCUUUGCAUUUCGCCGCCGCCUACGGGCACGAAAUCGUGAGCAGUCUGCUGGCAGCCGGCGCCGACAAGGACGAGGCUGACAAUCACGGGCGCACGGCUUUGCAUUAUGCUGCAAUGGGCGGCCAGACAGCAGCUGUCAAUUGCCUUCUGUCCGCCGGCGCUGACAAGGAUAAGGCCAGCAAUGAUGGGCGUACGCCUUUGCAUGAUGCCGCGGAAAGUGGCUUCGAGGACGUUGUGCGUAGCUUGCUGGCAGCUGGUGCUGACGCGAAACGUGCAGACAAGGAGCGACAGCCUCUACACCUCGCUGCCCAACGCGGGCACGAGGAAGUAGUGAGACUCUUGCUAGAGGCGAACCAGGAUACCAAGGAUUGA